GGCAAGCUCGUCGGCGAGGACGAGUUCGGCAACAAGUACUUCGAGAACACGAGCUACCAGUCCGGUCGUCAUCGAUGGGUAGAAUACGCAGACCUGGACAACUACAACGCGUCCACCGUGCCCUCCGAGUGGCACGGCUGGCUGUCUCACGUGGACGACGAGCCCGGGCUGGCGACGCGCACGGCGCCGAAGUACCAGGCGAAAUUCAUCGCGGGCGGGCUCACCACCGGCGUUCAGGGGGAGAUGUACCAGCCCAAGGGGAGCUUCUACAACAAGCGGGGGAUGCGCAACUGGAAGAGGUACACCCCGUGGUCCCCGCCCUGA